UAUUUCACCCAACACCAAAAAUGCCCUUUCAGAAACAUAAAGUAGAUCUUUUCUACAAGCUGCGCCAUGUGAUGAAUGAACUUAUUGACCUUCGAAGGCAGCUCCUGUCUGGUCACCUGACUCAGGAUCAGGUGCGGGAGGUUAAGCGGCACAUCACCGUGCGCCUGGACUGGGGCAAUGAGCACUUGGGCCUGGAUCUGGUACCCCGAAAGGACUUUGAAGUAGUGGAUUCAGACCAGAUCAGUGUCUCAGAUCUCUAUAAAAUGCAUUUAUCUAGCCGGCAGAGUGUACAGCAAAGCACCUCUCAGGUGGAUACAGUGCGCCCACGUCAUGGGGAAAGCUGUCGGAUACCAGUACCACAUCACUUCUUCCUCAGUCUGAAGAGUCUCACCUACAACACCAUUGGGGAAGAUACUGAUGUCUUCUUUUCCUUAUAUGAUAUGAGAGAAGGCAAGCAGAUCAGUGAGCGGUUUCUGGUGAGACUGAACAAGAAUGGUGGGCCAAGGAACCCAGAGAAGAUAGAACGAAUGUGUGCCCUUUUUACAGAUCUGAGCAGCAAGGAUAUGAAGAGAGAUUUAUAUAUAGUUGCCCAUGUGAUACGAAUAGGCCGGAUGCUCCUGAAUGACUCCAAAAAGGGCCCUGCUCACCUGCACUACCGGCGACCAUAUGGCUGUGCGGUCCUCAGCGUCCUGGACGUCCUGCAGUCACUCACAGAGUUAAAGGAAGAAAAGGAUUUUGUUCUUAAGGUUUACACAUGCAACAAUGAGAGUGAGUGGUCCCAGAUCCAUGAGAAUAUCAUCCGCAAGUCCAGCGCCAAGUACUCUGCCCCCAGUGCCAGUCAUGGUCUUAUCAUCUCUCUGCAGCUUCUUCGUGGAGACAUGGAACAGAUUAGGAGAGAAAAUCCCAUGAUAUUUAAUAGGGGAUUGGCAAUUACAAGAAAAUUGGGAUUUCCUGAUGUCAUCAUGCCAGGUGAUAUCCGCAAUGACCUGUACCUCACCCUGGAGAAGGGGGAUUUUGAGAGAGGGGGAAAGAGCGUACAAAAGAAUAUUGAAGUGACCAUGUAUGUGCUUUACGCAGAUGGUGAAAUCUUGAAGGACUGCAUCAGCUUGGGUUCAGGAGAGCCCAACAGGAGUUCCUACCACUCCUUCGUCCUCUACCACAGCAACAGUCCUCGCUGGGGAGAGAUUAUCAAAUUGCCCAUCCCCAUCGACCGGUUCCGGGGCUCCCACCUGCGCUUUGAGUUCAGACACUGUUCCACAAAAGACAAAGGGGAAAAGAAGCUCUUCGGCUUUGCAUUCUCACCCCUGAUGCGGGACGAUGGCACCACCCUCUCCGAUGACAUCCAUGAGCUCUACGUGUACAAGUGUGAUGAGAAUAGCACGUUUAACAACCACGCUCUUUACCUGGGCCUGCCCUGCUGCAAAGAGGACUACAAUGGCUGCCCUAACAUCCCCUCCAGCCUCAUCUUCCAGCGCAGCACCAAAGAAUCUUUCUUCAUUUCCACACAGCUCUCCUCCACUAAGCUCACCCAGAACGUGGACCUCCUUGCUCUGCUGAAAUGGAAGGCCUUUCCAGACCGGAUCAUGGACAUCCUUGGGCGGCUGCGGCAUGUCAGUGGGGAGGAAAUUGUUAAGUUUCUGCAGGACAUCUUAGAUACACUGUUUGUGAUUUUGGAUGAUAACACAGAGAAAUAUGGCCUGCUGGUAUUUCAGUCUUUGGUAUUCAUCAUCAACCUGCUCCGAGACAUCAAAUAUUUCCACUUCCGACCUGUAAUGGACACAUACAUCCAGAAGCACUUUGCUGGAGCCCUGGCAUACAAGGAGCUAAUCCGCUGUUUGAAGUGGUACAUGGACUGCUCAGCAGAACUGAUUCGGCAGGACCACAUUCAGGAAGCAAUGCGGGCGUUGGAGUACCUUUUCAAGUUUAUCGUGCAGUCAAGGAUCUUGUACUCACGUGCCACCUGUGGAAUGGAAGAGGAACAGUUCCGGUCCAGCAUCCAAGAGCUUUUCCAGUCCAUCCGGUUUGUGCUCAGUCUGGACAGCAGAAAUUCAGAAACACUCCUUUUCACUCAGGCUGCACUCCUCAACUCCUUCCCAACCAUCUUUGAUGAGCUCCUGCAGAUGUUCACUGUGCAGGAGGUGGCAGAGUUUGUGAGAGGGACUCUGGGGAGCAUGCCCAGCACUGUACACAUUGGGCAGUCAAUGGAUGUGGUGAAGCUGCAGUCCAUCGCCAGAACUGUGGAUAGCCGCCUAUUUUCUUUCUCAGAAUCCCGCCGCAUCCUGCUUCCAGUGGUUCUCCAUCAUAUCCACCUUCACCUGAGGCAGCAGAAGGAGCUGCUCAUCUGCUCAGGGAUUCUCGGCAGCAUCUUCUCCAUCGUCAAGACCAGCUCUCUGGAGGCAGAUGUCAUGGAGGAGGUAGAAAUGAUGGUGGAAAGCCUCUUGGAUGUGCUCUUACAGACUCUGCUCACCAUCAUGAGCAAAUCCCACGCUCAGGAGGCGGUAAGAGGGCAGCGGUGCCCGCAGUGCACAGCGGAGAUCACUGGCGAGUAUGUGUCCUGCCUUCUCUCACUGCUCCGCCAGAUGUGUGAUACACAUUACCAGCACCUCCUGGACAACUUCCAGAGCAAAGAUGAGCUGAAGGAAUUCCUGCUGAAGAUUUUCUGCGUGUUCCGGAACCUGAUGAAGAUGAGUGUCUUUCCUCGGGACUGGAUGGUGAUGAGACUUCUUACAAGCAAUAUUAUAGUCACUACUGUCCAGUACCUGUCUUCUGCGCUGCACAAGAAUUUCACAGAGACAGACUUCGACUUUAAGGUGUGGAAUUCUUAUUUUAGCCUGGCAGUUCUGUUCAUAAAUCAGCCAAGCCUUCAGCUAGAAAUCAUUACUUCCACCAAGAGGAAGAAGAUUCUGGAUAAGUAUGGGGACAUGCGUGUGAUGAUGGCUUAUGAACUCUUCAGCAUGUGGCAGAAUUUGGGUGAACAUAAGAUCCACUUCAUUCCGGGAAUGAUCGGCCCGUUCCUGGGUGUGACACUGGUCCCACAGCCUGAAGUGCGGAAUAUCAUGAUUCCCAUCUUUCACGACAUGAUGGACUGGGAGCAGAGGAAAAACGGCAACUUCAAACAGGUGGAGGCCGAGCUGAUUGACAAGCUGGACAGCAUGGUAUCAGAAGGGAAAGGCGAUGAGAGCUACAGGGAGCUCUUCGGCCUGCUAACCCAGCUGUUUGGGCCCUACCCCAGCCUGCUGGAGAAGGUUGAACAGGAAACAUGGCGUGAGACCGGCAUUUCCUUUGUAACCUCAGUCACCCGCCUCAUGGAACGCCUCCUUGACUACAGGGAUUGCAUGAAAGGAGAGGAGACAGAGAAUAAGAAGAUUGGCUGCACUGUUAACCUGAUGAACUUCUACAAAUCGGAGAUUAAUAAAGAGGAGAUGUAUAUCCGCUAUAUCCAUAAGCUCUGUGACAUGCAUUUGCAGGCAGAAAACUACACAGAAGCUGCGUUCACUCUGCUCCUCUACUGUGAGCUGCUGCAGUGGGAGGAGCGGCCCCUGCGGGAGUUCCUCCACUACCCAUCCCAGACGGAGUGGCAGCGGAAAGAGGGACUGUGCCGCAAGAUCAUCCACUACUUCAACAAAGGCAAGAGUUGGGAGUUCGGGAUCCCACUGUGCAGGGAACUGGCGUGUCAGUAUGAGAGCCUCUACGACUAUCAGAGCCUCAGCUGGAUUCGGAAAAUGGAGGCCAGCUACUACGACAACAUCAUGGAGCAGCAGCGCCUGGAGCCCGAGUUCUUCCGGGUCGGAUUCUAUGGCCGGAAGUUUCCUUUCUUCCUUCGGAACAAAGAGUAUGUGUGCCGGGGCCACGACUACGAGAGGCUGGAGGCCUUCCAGCAGAGGAUGCUCAGCGAGUUCCCGCAGGCCGUUGCCAUGCAGCACCCCAACCACCCUGAUGACGCCAUCCUGCAGUGUGACGCCCAGUACCUACAGAUCUAUGCAGUGACGCCCAUCCCAGAGUAUGUGGACGUCCUGCAGAUGGACAGGGUCCCAGACCGUGUCAAGAGCUUCUACCGUGUCAACAACGUCAGGAGGUUCCGGUAUGACCGGCCUUUCCACAAAGGCCCCAAGGACAAGGAGAAUGAAUUCAAGAGCCUGUGGAUCGAGCGCACCACGCUGACCCUGACCCACAGCUUGCCGGGCAUCUCUCGGUGGUUUGAAGUGGAGAGGAGGGAGCUGGUGGAGGUGAGCCCCCUGGAGAAUGCCAUCCAAGUGGUUGAGAACAAGAACCAGGAGCUGCGGGCCUUGAUCAGCCAGUAUCAGCACAAGCAAGUGCACGGCAACAUCAACCUGCUAAGCAUGUGCCUGAACGGCGUCAUUGACGCUGCCGUCAACGGAGGCAUUGCACGCUACCAGGAGGCCUUCUUUGAUAAAGAUUACAUCACCAAGCACCCAGGAGAUGCUGAGAAGAUAACUCAGCUCAAGGAGCUCAUGCAGGAGCAGGUCCAUGUCCUUGGAGUUGGGCUGGCAGUUCAUGAGAAAUUUGUGCACCCAGAAAUGCGCCCUCUGCAUAAGAAGCUGAUUGAUCAGUUCCAGAUGAUGCGGGCCAGUCUCUACCAUGAGUUUCCGGGUUUGGACAAGCUAAGUCCUGCAUGUUCGGGCACCAGCACCCCACGGGGAAAUGUCCUAGCAUCCCAUAGCCCCAUGAGCCCAGAGAACAUCAAGAUGACCCAUCGGCACAGCCCCAUGAACUUGAUGGGCACCGGCCGCCAUUCAUCGUCCUCCCUCUCCUCACAUGCAUCUAGCGAAGCUGGGAACGUGGUGAUGCUGGGCGACAGCUCCAUGGGCGAGGCUCCUGAAGACCUGUACCACCACAUGCAGCUCGCGUAUCCCAACCCCAGGUACCAGGGCUCAGUCACCAACGUCUCUGUUCUGUCCUCGUCCCAGGCAAGCCCUUCUUCCUCCAGCCUGAGUUCCACUCACUCAGCACCAUCCCAGAUGAUUACCUCUGCCCCUUCCAGUGCCCGAGGCUCUCCCUCUCUGCCAGAUAAGUACCGCCAUGCCCGGGAAAUGAUGCUGCUGCUGCCCACGCCCCGGGACCGCCCGAGCAGCGCCAUGUAUCCAGCAGCCAUCCUGGAGAACGGACAGCUGCCAAACUUCCAGCGGGCCCUGUUCCAGCAAGUGGUUGGAGCCUGCAAACCCUGCAGUGAUCCCAAUCUGUCUGUGGCCGAAAAAGGUCAUUACUCCCUACACUUCGACGCCUUCCACCACCCCUUGGGUGACACCCCCCCAGCACUCCCCGCCCGGACCUUGCGCAAGUCGCCCCUGCACCCCAUCCCAGCCUCCCCAACCAGCCCCCAGUCGGGCCUGGAUGGCAGCAACUCCACGUUGUCUGGCAGUGCCAGCAGCGGCGUGUCUUCCCUGAGCGAGAGUAACUUUGGGCACUCCUCGGAGGCCCCUCCUCGAACCGACACCAUGGACUCCAUGCCGAGCCAGGCCUGGAACGCCGACGAAGAUCUUGAGCCACCCUACCUCCCCGUCCACUACAGCCUCUCCGAGUCCGCCGUCCUGGACUCCAUCAAGGCCCAGCCGUGCCGAAGCCACUCGGCCCCGGGAUGUGUCAUCCCUCAGGACCCCAUGGACCCGCCUGCGCUGCCACCCAAGCCCUACCACCCCCGCCUGCCAGCCCUGGAGCAUGACGAGGGUGUGCUGCUGCGAGAGGAGGCGGAGAGGCCUCGGGCCCUGCAUCGCAAGGCCUCGCUGCCUCCCGGGAGCACCAAGGAAGAGCAGGCACGCAUGGCCUGGGAGCACAGCCGAGGGGAACAGUGAGGGGCAGGGAGGCAGCUGGGACACCACCGUCAGUGAGCGGCUUGCCCAACCACCCUGGGUCAGAAAAGCAAGUCCCCCCGCAGAGAGUCCGAGAGGCCUGGCACUCAGGAGAGAACCGCCCCAAGUCUACGUUCUUCUACUGCCGUGAACUCGUGUGUUGCCAUGUGCAGAGGCCACAGCAGCAUGAAGGGUUGUGGCUUCUCUUUUUAUUUCAUUUUCUACAUUUCCAUUUCUAUGGGUUUUCCUCUUUCCUUUGUGCAGUAGAUGCUGUCUUCCUCCUGCAGUUUCAGACCACAUGGAGCUAGAUGGAGGUACUGCACCACAGAACCGCUUUGCAGCUUCGUGGGGCCCCUGGGGCAGGAGCCCAGGCCCUCCCCCAAGGGCAGCAAUGCACAGAAUGGAAAUUGCACUAGGGACCUCUUCCUUUGCUGCGUAGACAGAAGAGCUCAUGGUUGUAUUCAGGGAUUGCAGGGACCUCGUGGACUAUGUCACAGGUGGACAAGGGGGCUACAAGCCAUUUUGCACAAAUGCCUGCCCACCUGCUCUUCCAUCCAGGAGUGUGCCCGAGGGGCUGGCGAGGCCAACCUGCCGGCACAGGCAUGGGACAGCCUAACUGCACGCCCAGGGUGCACUGCCAGGCUUCCGUGGGCCAGCCCUGCCUCCUCCUCUACUUUGGAUUUCCCAUCCAUCGUUUUUAUUUCUGACCCUUCCCUCCCCUCCAAUCUUAACAUACCCCAUGCCCUGCAGGAGGCCCGUGGUACAUGGAUCUGCAGUGGUCGUCUCCUAGCCUCUGGAGCUUGAGUGGGGGUUGGAGCCAGAGGGACUACCCUCACCAUCUUCCUCCCCGGGCCCGGGCAGCCAUGUGUUGGGAGACAAGCUGAUAGAGGAGUGAGGCUGGGGUGUGGCAGGGCCGGAAAUCCUCUGAGCUUUCAGAAGUGGCCAGCAUGCCUGUCCUCCAGCUCCUGAAUCAGGGAUUUUCAGCACUACCUCUGAGCAGCGGGGUGGCUGCCCAGCCAGGCUCCGAAGGCCUGAGAACUUGCAAUCAGGUUCAGCAAGCUCCUGGGUAAAAAGGGCAGUUAGCAAGGAGGGGGGACUCCUCCUAGAAGCAGAAAGCCACGCAGGUUGAAUUAUCCCCUCCCAGUAGCCAAGUGCACGAUCCCAGCUCCAGGCCCAUGGGACCACCACUCAGGGUUCAGGGCGAGCAGGAGGGCAGUUUCUCCAGCCUCCGCAGUCUGUUGGGCAGAAGGCAGUGGUGUCUUUAUAGGAAGCUUUCAGGUCAGGGCACUGAUUUUCCUCUUGGUUUAUUAGUUGGGGGAAUAGGGUGGGGUGGCAAUAGUAUUUUACCAGGGUGCUUCUAAGUUACUUUUAAAAACUUUACAAAAACAUUUAUUUGCUUGAGUUCACAACUUGACAGUCACAAGGCUGCCUUCUCCUCGUUGAGCAGGUACGUUCUCCCUUAGUUCCUCUUCCACUGGCCCAUCUGACUUCCCUGGUUAGGGUGUCUUUCACUUGUAAACAAAUGCCAACUUAAACGUUUAACAGGAAUGCCAGCAAGUAAUUUAUGAGCUAAGAUGGGGGGCCACGUUACCUUCAGGGAGUCUGGGAGUAUUUUAUCACCAGUGUGGGUCCUUUCUGAUACUUGAAGGGUGACUCCAAGCAGAGUGGGUCAGUCCAGUCAGGCCUGAACCGUCUGGUGUCCCCAAGUGUAACAGUCGGGGACUAGCUUUGGAUUUCUUAGAUAGUUCAUAUUUUAGGUUUUGGGGCACUCCUGAGCCUCAGUCCUUGGACAAGGCAGUCCUCAUGUAAGAACACCUUCCUUCUCCACCUGGGGGCAUGGGAGGGUAGAGAGGGGAGUGUGGGUUCGUUUGGUCUUGCCUUCUACAGGGUGAGUCAGGUUUGUUUUCCCUCUCCAUUUUCCCAAAUUCAAUGAAAAGGACAUAUUCCAAAUCCCUUUCCUUGGAGAAUCAGCCAGUCUGAAGGGAAGUGGGAGGCCAGAGAUGAGAAUUCUCUGAAAAGAUUGUGAAAUACUGAUUUUCAUUCUUUCAAGCUUAUUUGUAAAUACUUAUUUGAAUGCUGUGUAUUUGUACAGGAAUUUGAGCAAAAAAUGUAUAGAGUGUGCUGUCCAAUUGGUAUUCAGCCCUAUAAAUGUGUUUUUAACCUCUGGCAUUCUGUGCUUAUUUAAAAUAAGAAAACUUCUAACCAUUUCUUUUGUGUAUUUAUGUUUAAAAUAAGAAGUGACUUCAUGGUCUUACCUGUAUCAGAAAGCAAAGUUAAAAGAAAAAAAAAAUUUGUACUAGUGUCCCAAAAAAGUAUUUUACUGUAUAUAUUGUGGUAGCAUGUUCUCAAUCCAGCAAGUAAUGUGAAAUUUUAGAUGUAAAUAUCUGCCACUUGCCUUCCCCCGUUUCCCCACUCCCUUGACUGCUGUUAUGUGAAUUAAAGAUGAAUUCCUGA